GCCGUGUGUCUAGUACUAGACGGUAUCGACCUCAGGGUUGUCAGCUCGUAACUUUUCCUGCGCCUACACCGUGACCACAUCCCUAUUCCCUACCGCGCCUCCUUCGCACCGCUGCCUCUGCUGUGCCGUUGCCCGUACACUCGCUUUCCACCGCGCUGCUAGGCCCCUCCUCCGUACCACACCCGCCAUCCUUAAUGUUGCCUCUGCGCAGCGCAUGAGCUGAAGAAGCGCGACUCAAUGUAGAUUGCGCACCACGCGCGAGCACCACCCGCUCCAAUGUCCUCCCCCGACCCUCACAACAACAACAUCCACCGCCGAAGCCAGACUCAUCAGUCGAUACCCUUGCGCGACCUCCACCGCCCGCCGGACGACCACGAUGGAGAGCGACACCAGGGGGCGCAGCAGCAUCGCCAGCACCGCAGGACGCUGAGCGACCGCGGACGGCAGCUGCUGAGACACUCUGGACAACUGGCUUCGGGACAGCCAUGGAACUCGCAGUACGCACCCAUCGCCGAAACAGAAACGUCGCCCAGCCCAACGCGCACCCGCACGGGCGGACGCCCACAGCUCGACACCGCAGCCGGUGCAUCGCGGCGCCCGACGCACGUUGAGGACGAUGGCGACUUUUCGCCUGUGGACAUCGGCGCGUUCCAAGCUGCAAUCGGCUUCUCAGGCCUGGGCUUCCAGGGCGAGACAUCCCCGCCAUUGGGCCCUCCCAUGACGCCCGCGCAGUCGUACCCCCAAUACGGCAGCGACCCUUAUCUGGGCAGGAGCACCUCGGAGGAUCAUAGCUUCUACGCUGCAUCCACCUACGACGACAGGGACACGGCACACCUGACCGAUGCGCAAAAUCUCCAGCCUGUGAGCGGUGCCGCAGCACCGCUUUCUUCCACGCCAGGCAACCGUUCCAGCUUCCAGAGCGUGCGAUUUCUCACACCGGGAGGAUCCACCACUGGACCAAGCCUGGGACACGAUCUCGAGCAGCAUUCGCCGGGUGGCCUGCGGACGUCGACCGGCCGGAAGCGGUCGCUCUCUCCCGGCAGCAUUGAGUCGCCGCUGCAUCGCGCAGGGACCAUAAUGCGUAACAUGUCCCAGCGUGUCGUCAACAUCAGUAACGAACCCGAGAUUGCGGCGCGAACGAUGCGCAGGAAGUCGUCAGUGCGCCACCCUCAAGAUCGCCUCCAGGAACCACCUUCGUUCCCUGCACUGCCAACAUACCUUCAUGACGGACCUUCUUCUCCCCUCGCCUCGCCGAUCGAAAAGCCACCCUCGCCAAUAGAAGCAAAAUCCAGCGCGCAGUGGCAACGUCCGUCGAACCCUUUUCGCGGGAGGUCGCUGGGCAUAUUUGGCCCCGACAACAAGCUGCGCUUGAAGCUCAGUGACCUCCUAGUCCACCCUGUCACUGAACCUUUGCUACUCCUGCUCAUUGUCGUUCAAACUGUGCUGCUUGCCGUAGACGCAAGCAAAGACGUAUACAAUUUCCCUAGGACGAAGGAAUGGGGUUCCAACGAUAUCGAUUAUGCAAUACUAGGGCUGUUCGUUGUUUACACUCUUGAAACGAUCAUUCGAAUCAUUGUGUCAGGUUUCAUCAUCAAUGCUCCGGAAUACAGUACCAUUAACAGGCAGGUCGGCUUCAGGCAGGCCGUUCUUGGAAAUGCACGCAAGUUAUUUGGGCCUCAGCGACAGCCGUCGAUUAAGCGUGCCGAAACCAGCAUCGAGCAGAUUCCCUCGGUCUUCCGGACCUUCACAACCGCACAAAUCAACCCAACCAUCGGCCCUGGAAACUCGAGAGACCAACAACGAGCCCGUCUCGCGCAUCGGGCUUACUUACGUCACUCUUUCAAUAGGACCGAUUUUGUAGCUGUGGUCUCAUUCUGGAUCUCAUUUGUUCUUGGUCUCACUGGCGUUGAACAUGACAAGCAUAUUUACAUCUUUAAGAUGCUAAGUUGUCUGCGCAUUAUCCGCCUUCUCAACUUGACGAGUGGUACUGCAGUCAUCUUGAGAAGUCUGAAAAAAGCGGCGCCUUUACUUGUGAACGUUGCCUUCCUGAUCAGCUUCUUCUGGCUUCUGUUUGCCAUCGUUGGUGUUCAGAGCUUUAAAUCGAGCUUCAGAAGGCAUUGUGUCUGGAUCGAUCCUCAAGGCCAAAGUAACUUCACGAACGAAGAACAGUUCUGCGGUGGUCAUCUCGAAAACGUCCCUGGCAUUCACCCCCAACCUUAUAUCCCAGCUCCUGGAAUGCCAGCAGGGACGGACAAAGGAUUCCUUUGCCCGAAAGGAUCGCUGUGCAUAGAGGGUACAAAUCCUUACAGCGGCACACAGAGCUUCGACAACAUCCUGCAAUCUCUGCAAUUGGUCUUUGUCAUUAUGUCUUCGAACACGUACUCCGACCUGCUUUAUACCAUUGCAGAUAGCGAUUACCUCAUAGGCGCGCUGUUCUUUGCCGGCGGGAUCCUCAUUCUGUCUCUCUGGCUUAUAUCUUUGCUGAUCGCAGUCAUUACGUCGUCGUUCCAGAUCAUACGUGAAGAGAGCAAGACAAGUGCUUUCACUGGAGAACAUAUAGAAGAGGAAGAUCAAGACAACCUCCCGAAACAACGCGUGAGCAACCUGAAAAAGUUUUAUGAGAGGACUUCCUGGGUUUGGAUUCUGAUCAUUUCGUAUGGACUCAUCGCUCAGGCUUUGAAAAGCGCAAACAUGUCGCCUUCACGCGCCAAGUUCAUAGACAGGUCUGAGAUUGGCGUCACUUUUCUGUUACUGCUUGAGAUCAUCAUUCGGUUCAUCGUUGAUUGGAGACACUUCUUCAGGGGCAAGCAGAACAUCACAGAUCUGCUCAUCGCAAUCAUCACAGUAGUGAUACAGAUUCCAGCAAUCAAAGAGUCACAUGGCGGGCGGGCAUACGCCUGGCUCUCCGUCUUCCAGAUCAUUCGAAUCUAUCGAGUCGUCUUGGCCGUACCGAUGACGCGUGAUCUUAUUAUGAUCGUUCUUGGCAAUGUUGGCGGUUUGCUCAACCUGAUUUUGUUCGUGUUUCUCCUGACCUUCCUCGCCUCUAUAUUUGCGGCACAACUCUUUCGUGGAGAGGUCCCGCCCGAACAAGAUGGAGACACCCUCGUGGUAUCCUUCUUCACAAUAUACAACUCUUUCCUCGGGAUGUACCAAAUACUCUCAAGUGAGAACUGGACCACUAUAAUGUACAGCGUCACCACUUCUACAGAAACAUGGGGAACAUCCUGGAUCGGGGCCACGUUUUGUAUCAUCUGGUUCAUCUUCGCGAACUUUAUCGUCCUGAAUAUGUUCAUUGCUGUCAUUCAGGAAAACUUCGAUGUCUCUGAAGAUGAAAAGCGCCUGCAGCAGGUCAAGGCAUUUCUGCAGAACAAAGAGCAGGGAUUCAACUCAUCCGAUGGAAAUCUGUCACUAUCUUCCAUUUUCAAGUUGGGCCACGCCAGCCGGAAAGACCCACUGGACUACGGAUCUGCUGCCACAGAGAUGCUUCUCAAAGAUGCUGUAGUUCGUGAUUUUCUUGACGACGGAGACGAUAGUCCACAUGACGAAGAACCGCAGCCUGGGAUUCGACCAGCACCAACAAUUGUAGGAUCGGGAGCCAUGUCAACAUUUUGGCAACGUCUCAAGCGGCGAAUCAGCAAUCGAGAGCCGAAUCCAUUCUAUGCUCCUCUUGAUUUUGGACGCGCCUACGAAGAUCUCGAUCCCAGGAGGAUGGCGAAAGAGGUAGUCGAUGCGACAGAGAAGAGAAAGAAAGCACAACGCGACUAUCUCCGGAAACAUCCAAACUACAAUGUCUCCCUUUUCAUAUUCAGGCCCUACAACCCGGUCCGCAGGUUCUGCCAAAAUAUCGUAGGUCCAGGACGUGGCAAAGACCGUAUAGAAGGUGUUGCCCCGUCGGUGCCCAUCUGGUACACGUUCUCGGCUUUCAUCUAUGCCGCCAUCAUCGCCAUGGUGCUUCUUGCUUGCAUAACGACACCGCUAUAUCAAAGAGAGUAUUUCAAGACUCACGAAUUUAGCGUUCGCAAUUGGUUCGUGUGGACAGAUCUGGGCUUUGCUGUCUUGUUCACUGCAGAAGCUUUGAUCAAAGUCAUCGCGGAUGGCUUCCUUUUCACACCAAACGCAUACUUCCGCGGCUCGUGGGGUUUUAUUGAUGGCGUGGUGCUCAUCACACUCUGGAUUAACGUCAUAACUUCGUUGCUCAAUGAGGGCCAGAUCACUCGUACCGUAGGCGCAUUCAAAGCCCUACGUGCCCUGCGUCUCCUCAACAUCAGUGACAGUGCACGAAAUCACUUCCACUCCCUUAUCGUCCGCGGCUGGUGGAAACUAAUCUCGGCCGCUUUUGUCUCUCUGAGCUUGCUCAUUCCUUUCGCCAUCUACGGGCUAAACCUAUUCGUAGGACGUAUGCAAUCGUGCAAUGACGAUGGCUCAAAUAUCUUUGAUUUGCACGACUGCGUCAGCGAGUACGACAGCAAUCCUUUCAACGACGACUGGAACGUCCUCGCCCCGCGCCGGGCUUCCAACCCGUACUACGAUUUUGAUAACUUCGGUAACUCCCUGUUUAUCCUAUUUCAGAUUGUGUCACAGGAAGGAUGGAUCGACGUUAUGUGGGCAUCUGAACAGAUCACCGGCGUAUUCACCCAGCCUGCUCCGUUUGCUUCCCAGGGGAAUGCUCUCUACUUUGUCAUUUUCAACUUGCUUGGCGCUGUCUUCGUGUUGACACUCUUUGUAUCUGUCUUCAUGCGCAAUUACACAGAACAGACCGGUGUCGCUUUCCUCACCACAGACCAGCGUUCAUGGCUUGAGCUGAGGAAGUUGCUACGUCAAGUUUCGCCGUCGAAACGACCAUCCUCAACAAAGGUGCGAGAGACGUGGGAAGAGUGGUGUUACAGACGUGCUGUCCGCAAGACUGGUAGUUGGCAACGGUUCAUAACUGGGUUGCUUCUUGCUCACCUGGUCCUCCUUUGCCUGGAGUGGUACCCCGGAUAUGGUAUAUGGGAGCAAGUUCGCGACUAUAUCUUCCUCCUUUUCACGAUCAUAUUCAUCGCCAAUGUGGUCAUUCGGAUCAUCGGUCUAUCCUGGCAUCGAUUCCGCAAAAGCUCCUGGGAUGUGUUCUCGAUUUUCGCAGUAUCGGGUACAUUUGUUACUUCGAUUCUUCGAUUGACUAACAACAGCGAACGAGUCUUUGCUCAACUCCAUAAGCUGGGAUUGGUGUCGAUUGCUCUGCUUCUCAUUCCCAGGAACAACCAACUGGAUCAACUCUUCAAGACGGCCGCAGCAAGUUUGGCGUCCAUCAUGAACCUUCUGGCGACUUGGUUCGUACUAUUCUUGGUGUAUGCCAUCGCUCUCACCCAGACCUUCGGAUUGACGCGGUUUGGCGAGAAUGAGACUGGAAACAUCAACUUUCGAAGCGUUCCGAAAGCCCUCAUCCUGCUCUUCCGAACAAGCACGGGUGAGGGAUGGAAUGAGCUGAUGGAAGACUUCGCGUCGAUCGAUCACCCCUACUGUACUGAUGGAGAAAGGUACUUUGAAAGCGAUUGCGGCAGCCCGGAGUGGGCCCGUGCUUUGUUCGUCACCUGGAACAUCCUGAGCAUGUAUAUCUUCGUCAAUCUCUUCGUGUCGUUGAUAUACGAAAGUUUCAGUUACGUGUAUCAGCGAAGCAGUGGGCUGUCGGUCAUUAGCCGAGAAGAGAUUCGUCGCUUCAAACAGGCUUGGGCUGAGUUUGAUCCCAACGGCACUGGAUUUAUAACCAAAGAUCAAUUCCCUCGAUUGCUGGGAGAACUCUCCGGCAUCUUCGAAAUGCGAAUCUACGACGGCGAUUUCACCGUAGGAAGUCUGAUCGAAGAAUGUAGCACAAACUCUAGAAGAACCUCGGGACUACCCGUGCAAGGCCAGAAGGAGCCUGUCGAGAUCGAUAUCAAGAAACUCAACCGGCGGUUGGCUGAGCUUCCUAUUGCCGAGAUCCGGCGACGGCGAAUGCGCAUGAACACCUUUUACGAGGAAGUAAUCGUGUCGAGUGAUCCCGAUCGCGGCAUCCAAUUCACUUCACUGCUCAUGAUUUUGGCUCAUCACAAGGUUAUUAAUGAUAAUAAGAGCUUAAGACUAGAGGAGUUCCUGCGACGUCGAGCCCGCCUUCAACGCGUGGAAGAGGCUGUGCGGCGAAAUGUCGUUAUAGGAUUCUUCGACACUCUAUACUGGUCGCGAAGGUUCCGCCGCGUACAGCAGCAAAAGGAGCACGGCCGUAUGACUGCUGUACCGCAGUUUACAGUACCAGAGAUCUUCAUCGACGAUGAAGACGCUGUGGAUGCGGAGCGAGGACAACGGUCUAUCACAGGCAGUCCAAUGCUGUCACCAGUGCAUUCAAACACAGACACAGGAGGCUGGCGAGCCUCAGGCAGCGACGCGAGGGCUCCAUCACCACCAGCCGACAUGACAUUGAGAAGCCGAGCCAACUCAAUACAGACCACGCCACUCGGUUCACCCACGAGACCGAACCCUCUCUCGCCCACACGCACGUCGCCACAAAUGUCGCCGUUCUCCCCACCACCGGACGGCGAGUGGCAGUUCGCAUCAGCACUCAGCCGACCCCCUAGUCCGCUUGAGGGCGAGGGAGAGCUAGCCGCACCAAGCUCCACGGGGAACCGCAGCAGGCAAAACAGUGCUGUCAGUGCAGCCGACGUUUUGGAGGUACUCGACAACUCAGCCUGGGGCGAGAGUAUCCGCAGGAGUUUCACCCAGCGGCGGUCGGGCGGGAGGUGAGCCGAUGUGCUCGCACAUCUCCUAUUGGUCUCAGGAAAGGUGCCCGUUUGUUGUCUCGAACGCGGAUGAUCUACGAUAUGACGAUGGAGAGGGGUGCAUGGUGCAGGGCCGCGGGAAGCAGGCCCUGUGUCGGCCUCAGAACAGGUCGCAGGUGCCUGUACAGGGGCAUCCCGCACACACGAACACGGUUGCAUUGACGUUUGGAACUCCUGUCUGGGAAUGGCGCUACCACGAAGAGGCAUUUAUGGCGCAUUCGGAAUUUCUUCUACUUUUGCGUUUGUGCAUAUAUUCAGCGCAUACAUAUGUGUCAACGAGCUGGCGUGAGAGGUGAUGGACGGUUUGGGGUUGUGGGGAAGGGGUUUGGGCG